AGCAAGAAUAUGAGAGAGACAGAAAGAGGAAGAUGAGAAUAAAGAAAAAAUAAACAUAAAGAAGUUCAGCAAAUGGACACAAAGAAAAAGAAUGGAAAGAAUGAAAAGGAAAAGUAAGCAUAUAGUUUUUAGGUUAGUGGUUCUUACUUAUUGUUGCUUCCUCUGACUUCCAAAUGCAAAUAUCUGCCUAUGAAGGUAUUGGAUAGAUAGCAACAGAGAUGGAAAUGUUUGGUACCUAUGUAAGUAGUAGUGUAUGUGUUGCCCAGCUAACGCACGUCUAUCCUUCGUAUCUAUUGACAAUACCCAGAAGGAUGUUAGCUUAAUAAAUUGCCCAACAACCACAAAUUCUGUAGAAAAUAUCACAUUAUUUCAGAUAAACUGCUGUUCAAUUUAUUAACUUAUAUUUUCCUUUCACUUUGAACAGCGUCUGGGUUUCUAGCUGAUGAGUGUAUGGUGUUUAUCAACAAUAACCAGCAUUUUACUUUGUGUCAGAGAGCUACAGUGUUUGCUUUUUUCUUUUUUUUAUUUUUUUUUUCUUUCUCACCUUAUGAAAGUAUGAAAGACCUGUUCCACUUGAAGCUGGUCACACAGUUGCCUCCACCCUGGACUUUAAAGUCCAAGGUUAAAACAUUAUAUGAUGAUGAGGCAUGUGGUUAUAAAACUGUAGGUGGAUGGCAGAUGCUCACCUAUGAGGACUUGGAAUUAAAAUUGUGACUUAGGUUUGCGAGUCCCCAGUAGCCUUUUUACACCUCAGUUUCUACUUGGGAAUGAUCCAGGAUGAGAAGAAUUAAUACAUUAGCUGCCCUGGGAGGAAAUCUAUGUGCACUUGCUUUGUGUGUCUACUUCCAGUCAGUGCUUAAUACCAUGACUUACUGAGUGUAAAGUUCUUAAUGAUGAUGAAAUAGGAGGUACUUUAAAAAUCCCUUAGCUUCCUAUACCUCCUGGAUUUUUUUUUUCUCAUAGACUAGUGUGACUGCAUUCUAGAGCUAUGAUUAACUUGCUUGGUUAUGGCAAGCACACAUCCUUUGGGUCACAUUCAUGCUUCUUGAUGUGCUGACAGGCCACAUGAUGAAAUGAGACUGCUUAGAAAACCUGCAGAUAUCAAAUAUAAUACUUUUUUUUUGAAGCCUGCUUUUGCCCUGAAACAGUAACUUUGAGGCCCCCUCUACCUCUUCUUACUACAAGCUUUAAAGCUGGCAAUGGAUUACCCAAUGGUAGUGUAUCAAGAGCUCUGUUGAGUGCUGAUCAUUCUAGUGGACAGAAACAGAAAGGAGGUGAAAAUGCAAGACAGCAAAUAUGGAUGGAAGAAUACUGCCAAGAAUGAGGGGAAUAAGAAGGACAAACAAUGAUAGAAACACUGGAUCAGAAAUAGAGGUGGUCCUAAAGAGAAGCAUGCUUCAGUGACAAGGUCCCUGGUUUGAUAUGUACUUGAAAGCACGUGAACCUGUUGUUUUGAAUUUUAAUGCAUUUAUGUCUUUUCAUCCUGAUCCAAAAUCUGAAUAUAAUGAUCAGCUCAUACGAGCUACAAACAUGACUGUUUCUGCUGUACGUUUUAUGAAGACCUUCAGGGCUGGUUAUCUUGAACCAGAGGUUUUUCACCUCAAUCCAAAAAAAAGUGACACUCAGCUCUUCAAAAAAUUAAUUCGAUUUGUGCCUUCUUCUCUUUCUUGGUUUGGUGCCUACAUGGUCAAUGCAUACCCCCUAGAUAUGUCUCAGUACUUCAGGCUUUUCAAUUCAACACGCCUGCCUAAACUCAACAGAGAUGAACUUUAUACAGAUGAAAAGGCAAAGCAUUUACUGGUACUGAGAAAUGGGAAUUUUUAUGUAUUUGAUGUUAUUGAUAGAGAUGGAAAUAUGCUGAAACCUUCAGAAAUACAAGCACACUUAAAAUAUAUCCUCAGUGAUAACAGUCCAACCCCAACCUUCCCUCUUGGGUAUCUCUCCAGUGAAAAUCGAGAUACAUGGGCAUUGCUGAGAAAGAAUCUGUUGGACAAUGGCAAUGAAGAAGCUCUUCAAAAAGUAGACUCUGCCAUCUUUUGCUUAAGUUUAGAUGAUUUUCCUGUUAAAGACCUUGUGCACUUGUCCCACAUUAUGUUGCAUGGAGAUGGUGCUAACCGCUGGUAUGACAAAUCCUUUAAUCUUAUCAUAACUAAAGACGGCACUGCGGGAGUUAAUUUUGAACAUUCCUGGGGAGAUGGUGUGGCUGUGCUCAGAUUCCAGAAUGAGAUUUUUAAAGAUAGCAUUGGAGAGCCAGCUGUCGGCCCCCAGUCCCAGCCAGCUUCAGUAGACUCUUCUAGAGCAGUACAGAGACUUGACUUCAAGCUGAAUGAUGCCUUAAAAGCAGGAAUUACCAAAGCCAAACAGCAUUUUGAUUCUACUGUAGAAGCACUUACGCUUGAUAUGAUUCAGUUCCAAAAAGGAGGCAAGGAUGUUCUAAAGCAGAAGAAGGUAAGUCCAGAUGCUGUGGCUCAGCUUGCCUUUCAGAUGGCUUUCCUUCGACAGUACAGUCAGACUGUUGCUACAUAUGAAUCUUGCAGCACUGCAGCUUUCAAACAUGGUCGUACAGAAACUAUACGUCCUGCCUCUAUCCAUACAAAGAAAUGUUCGGAGGCUUUUGUCAAAGAACCAUCCAGACAUAGCACAGAAGAGCUUCAGAAGAUGAUUGUGGAGUGCUCAGAAUACCAUGGCCGUUUGACAAAAGAAGCUGCUAUGGGUCAGGGAUUUGACCGACAUCUCUUUGGCUUGCGCUACUUAGCCUUAUCCAAAGGUACUACAUUACCUGAUUUCUACCAAGACCAAGCCUAUGCUCAGCUCAAUCACAACAUCAUUUCUACAAGCACAUUGGCUAGUCCAGCUGUGCAAUUAGGAGGGUUUGGCCCAGUGGUACCUGAUGGCUUUGGAGUAGGAUAUCAAGUACAUGGUGAUUGGAUAGGUUGCAAUGUUUCCUCUUACCCAGCUAGGAAUGUGAAAGAAUUCCUCCAGUGUGUAUACAAGUCACUGGAAGAUAUCUUUAAUGUUUUAAAGGGCAAAAAGAUUAAUAGUUAGACAUAGAAGUGUUGGAGCACUUUACAGUUGCAGAAUGAAACACAGACUAUGUCUAAAUGCCAGUACGCAGUAGCCAGGGUUCAGUGUGGCUGAAACUGCCCAGCUUAAUUCAUUUAUCUGCAUUGAACUUGGAUACUGUGUAGAUUCCUUUUGAAAUUUUUAUCUAUUUUGAAGAAAUCAAGUACAGACCUUGGAUGCAUAUUUUGGGAAAUGCGAACACUCACAAUGUCAAAAUUAAGUAAUAGACCCAUCAGGUGCUCUUAAAAUGUGUUAUUUAAAAUACAAAGCAAUAAUUACGAUGUUUAAGAACUUGAACAGCUAUGCUUCAUGAGUUUUAGGCAGACGACAGCACUCUUAAGCUGCUUGGUUUUAGAAUAAUAUAUGCAAUUGUUAAAAUGUGAAAGAGGAAUGGUAACAUUGCUACUUUUGCAGUAAGCUUCUUACUAACUUGUCAUACUUGUUUUUCUCUCUAAACUUGAAUCAAUGUCAGAGUCAUUGUGCCUCAACUGCUUGAAGCCCUUCUGAUGUAGCAACUUUCUGAGAAACAAAAUUGAAGUGGGAGGCUUUAAGUAACCUGCAACCACCAAUUAUGUUGUUAAAUUACCUGGAAAUACUGUGUUGUAAUAAAGGUAUCUAUUAAUCACCACAAA